AUGACGGAUCAACAUCAUGAAGAGGAAGAACACGAUCGACAUGACGAAGAGGAAGUUACCUUCCUGGAAAAUAGCAUGGACAUUUCUGACCAAAUUGGAAGGGCGUUGGAGAAAUACACUCCACUUUUACUCAAAAGGCUAAACCAAACAAUGGAAGGGGCUAUGAAUGAUCAUAUAGCCCAGAUGAUUAGAGAGGAGGUGGCUCUAAAUGUUCAACGGGAAUUUGAAAAGAUAGAUGGAAACGGGAAGGGUAAGAAGGACAAUGAAGAUGAGGAGGUGGAAGUGAGGGGGGAGAAGUUCCACAAGAAGAAGUUCUCUUUUAAGGAUUUUGAUGUGUGUCACCCUCCUGAAUAUCAUGGUGACCGCAACCCCAUUGUUUGUACCAGAUGGGUGUCGGAGAUUGAAGGGUCUUUUUGCACCAGUCAAUGCCCUGAAGAUCUUAAAGUGGUGUAUGCUGUGAGCAUGUUGAGGGAUAAAGCUAAGAGAUGGUGGGACAAUUUAUUGUUGGUGAAGAAGGGAGCACUUGAUAACGUGGAUUGGCCUGAGUUCAAGGUCAUGUUCUAUAAAGAAUUUAGAUCAGAGGCGGAGGUGACUAGGUUGAGGAGUGAAUUCCUCAAUGAUUCUCAAGGAACCCUUAGUUUGAUGGAGUUUCGUGCCCAAUUUCUUGAUAAGGCACAAUUCUGUCCCGAGUUCUUAGAGAAUGAGCAAUUGAUGAAGGAGCAGUUUUAUAUGAAGUUGAAGAAGAGUUUGAGGGAGAGGAUUAGUUUACGUCAAAUGGAGUCUUUCUCCAUGUUGUGUGAUGUGGCUCGAGAUUACGAGAUCGAGCAAACUAAAGUUGAUGAGAAUGAGGUGAAGAGAAAGUAUGAUGGGGAUAAUUCACCGAAUAAAAGGUUUAAACAAGAUGGUGCUUCCGGUAGUAAUACCUUUGGAAGAAAUGCUCCCUUUUGCAAAACUUGCAAGAGAAAUCAUCAUGGCUCGAGUAGGGAGAAAGCUUGUUACAACUGUGGGAAGACGGGCCAUGUGAGUUGA